CUCUAGCCUCUGGAGGGAGUCAAAGGUUCGGCGCUCCAGAGGGUCGGGCGCGCGCAGCCGGCACGAUUUCGCAAGUCCUCCAGUGCGCGGCGGGAGGUGCUGAGGCACAGGGGCUGCUAUAGGAACCGCGGCCCGCAUCCUCACAGCGUUCGCCGCCGUCAGCGGCCCACGCGCCUUCUGGUACCCCGCGUAUUGAGAGAGUAGUACACCCCUUGCCUCCUCCAGAAGUGCACGCAAUGGCUCCGCGUAAGAAUGCAAAGGGCGGCGGCGGCAGCAACAACAGCAGCAGCAGCAGUAGCACCAGCAGUAGUAGUGGCUCCGGCAGCAGCAGCGGCGGCAGCAGCAGCCCCGGGACCCGGAGAGACACAAAGCAUGGAGGACACAAGAAUGGAAAGAAAGGAGUACUUUCUGGAAGUUCAUUUUUUACAUGGUUUAUGGUCAUUGCAUUGCUGGGAGUCUGGACAUCAGUAGCUGUCGUCUGGUUUGAUCUUGUUGAUUAUGAAGAAGUUUUAGCCAAAGCAAAGGACUUCCGUUAUAACUUAUCAGAGGUACUGCAAGGAAAACUAGGAGUCUAUGAUGCUGAUGGUGAUGGAGAUUUUGAUGUGGAUGAUGCCAAAGUUUUAUUAGGCCUGACCAAAGAUGGCAGUAAUGAAAAUAUUGAUUCUCUUGAGGAAGUCCUUAAUAUUUUAGCAGAGGAAAGUUCAGAUUGGUUUUAUGGUUUCCUCUCAUUUCUCUAUGAUAUAAUGACUCCUUUUGAAAUGCUAGAAGAAGAAGAAGAAGAAAGCGAAACCACAGAUGGUGUUGAUGAAGGACCUGGUGGGGUAGCCAAAAGAAAAACUAAGGCCAAAGGCCUUAAAGAAAGAUCUGCUUCAAAGCCAACAGUCGGACCAGAAGAGGCUGAGACAUACCCUUGGCUGAAGGAGCAGGUUCCUGAGGGGUCAGGACCUCAGCACAUCGAAGAUGAAAUACAAGAUGAAAUUCAUUCCUCCCUCCAUGAAACGGUAUACACAGAACAUGGAGAAGACUUACAACAAGAGGAGGAUGGACCAGCAAGAGAACAGCAACCAGAAGAUGACAAUUUCCUUGUAGGAAGUAAUACGGAUGAUAGAUUUGAGUCCCCAGAAACUGGAACAUUUCAGGAAGAAACUAAAGAAGAGACAGCUUCACAGGCCUAUAAUCAGGAUAUAGAAGAGAUGACGUAUAAACAGGAAAAUUCAGAUUCCACCGAACCAGUAAUAAAUGAGGAAGAAAGAAUGUACCAUGAUGCAGAUGAUGUAACAUACCAAGACCAUGAUCAGCAAGUAUAUGAACCAUCUGAAAAUGAAGGAAUAGAAAGUUCAGAUAAUGCUGUAGACGAUUCAAACAUAAUUUUAGAAGAAGUACGUGCGCCCCCGGCAGAGGAGCAGCAGGAAAUACCACCAGAAACAAAUAGGAAAACAGAUGAUCCAGAACAAAAAGAAAAAGUUAAGAAAAAGAAGCCUAAACUAUUAAAUAAAUUUGAUAAGACUAUUAAAGCUGAACUUGAUGCUGCAGAAAAACUCCGUAAAAGGGGAAAAAUUGAGGAAGCAAUGGCUGCAUUUGAAGAACUGAUUCGUAAAUACCCUCAGAGUCCACGGGCGAGAUAUGGGAAAGCACAGUGUGAAGAUGAUUUGGCUGAGAAGAGAAGGAGCAAUGAGGUGCUUCGCAGGGCCAUCGAGACCUACCAAGAGGUGGCCAGCCUGCCUGAUGUCCCCGCGGAUCUGGUGAGGCUGAGUUUGAAGCGGCGGUCAGACAGACAACAGUUUCUAGGUCACAUGAGAGGUUCUCUUGUUACGCUACAGAAAUUAGUUCAAUUAUUUCCUGAUGAUACUUCCUUAAAGAAUGACCUCGGAGUGGGGUAUCUCUUGAUAGGAGAUAAUGAUAAUGCCAAGAAGGUUUAUGAAAAGGUUCUGAAUGUGACACCUAAUGAUGGCUUUGCUAAAGUACAUUACGGCUUCAUCCUGAAGGCACAGAACAAGAUUGCAGAAAGCAUUCCCUAUUUAAAGGAAGGAAUAGAAUCUGGGGAUCCUGGCACUGACGACGGGCGAUUUUACUUUCACCUGGGGGACGCCUUGCAGAGGGUUGGGAGCAAAGAGGCUUACAAGUGGUAUGAGCUUGGGCACAAGAGGGGACAUUUUGCAUCUGUUUGGCAGCGCUCACUCUACAACGUGAACGGACUGAAAGCCCAGCCUUGGUGGACCCCGCGAGAAACAGGCUACAUGGAGUUAGUGAAGUCCUUAGAAAGAAACUGGAAGUUGAUUCGCGAUGAAGGUGUUGCAGUGAUGGAUAAAACCAAAGGCCUCUUCCUGCCUGAAGAUGAAAAUCUGAGAGAGAAAGGAGACUGGAGUCAGUUUACCCUGUGGCAGCAAGGGAGAAAAAAUGAAAAUGCCUGUAAAGGAGCUCCUAAAACCUGUUCUUUACUAGAUAAAUUCCCCGAGACAACAGGAUGCAGAAGAGGACAGAUCAAAUAUUCCAUCAUGCACCCAGGAACUCACGUGUGGCCACACACGGGGCCCACGAACUGCAGGCUCCGGAUGCACCUGGGCUUGGUGAUUCCCAAAGAAGGCUGCAAGAUCCGAUGUGCCAACGAGACCAAGACGUGGGAAGAAGGCAAGGUGCUCAUCUUUGACGACUCCUUUGAGCACGAGGUGUGGCAGGACGCCACGUCUUUCCGGCUGAUAUUCAUCGUGGACGUGUGGCACCCAGAGCUGACGCCCCAGCAGAGACGCACCCUUCCUGCAAUUUAGCUUGUCGGGUGGGCUUGGGACACACGGGAGAGAGGCUGCCUCUCUGGCUCUAUCUCCUUGGGUGUGGGGAUAGAAAUUCAAGCACUCAUACCCUUAAUUUCCUUGAUUCGCAGCCUGAAAAUUUCUAAACCUCCUCCUAGGGUUAGAAGACACUAAAGGGAAUAUUUGCCUUGCUGCAAUUUACUUAGAAAAUGCCCCGAUGUAUUUCAUCCCAUGAAAGCACCAAUCUGGUGCCUGUAUUUCAGGUAAGCACACGAUAGCUUCUACCUUGCCAGCCAAAGAUUUUUUUUUCCAUUUAGAAUGGGCUAAAUCAGUGUACAGUGAGAAUACUUGUAGAAACUGUGAAUGGAUUGCUUUAGCUUGUAAUUUUUCUAUGCAAUUAUAUUUUUCUAGGAUGGCGAGAUGAUUUUUUGUCAUCCCAUACCACUAUUUUUUUUGUUGAUCUUAAUGAUAAGCUGUGUAAAAUGCUUUACUUCUAGAUGUUCAAUGGUAACUUUCCUGGUGAACUCAGACUUCCCUUUUCUAAUUAUUUUUAAACAAAGACACUCAUGAAAGAAGCAACUUUAUUUUCCUAAUACAAAGGAGAAAAAUGUGAUUAUGCCAAUGUCUAUGAACUGUACAGCUCCCCACCCGCUGUGUCUAUUUGCUUUUUUACCUUCAUUGAGAGCCUGUGUCUUCAUUUCUCCCCUCACCGGGAGAAUGGUGGAAAGACUGUCAAAAUGGCAUUUCUUGCUAAGAGAAAGCUUUUACACUGAAAAGGGACAUGGAAUCAUUUUAUAUUGAGUUAUAAAAAUGUCACAUGUAAAUUGUUUAAUGCCAAGUGUUAGAUAAGGCUUAACCAAAAAAGUAAAAGUUUUCCAAGUAAAAAAAUUUCUCUGAGAAUCAGGUAGUGAGGUGGCUGCUAGGGCUCUGGCUCUGGGCCUGGCUGCUGCCCAUGGGAUGGGGCGGGAGCCAGAGCGUCUUUCCCUGUUACAGAUCCGUGUGAGUGACAGAGUCCUUGACGGGACUCCAAUCGCAAAUUUGCAAAAUUCUGAAAGAUGGCAGAGUGAAGACCAAGUAUGCCAGGAUCUGUCCUGGGUGUAGGGUGUCAAGAUCGCUCUCCUCUUUGAAAGAGUUUAGGAGGCUUCCAGCUCCCUUGCUUGAAAAACUUCUGCCAUUUAAAUAUCUCUUUGAAAUAGCAAUUAUUAUCUAAGGCUUGGCUUUAAUAUCACCCACAGUACUGAAAUAACUGUUGAAAAAUGGUCUUGCCUACUCAUUCCAAAGAUGACCAAGUCAUUGAUUUGGUAGAUUAUUAAUGCAUUAAAUUCUGUUUUUAAAAUUAAAGUUAAUUAGAAAUGUUAGCUAUAAGAAUGUAAUAAUAAUAAUGCACUGAAUUUAAGCCAAUAUGAACAAAAAUGCUGGAAAAAUGAUACAUAGGUUACCAAAUAUCAUUUAUAGCUUAAAAAAAACCACUUUUGAUUUCCUUUCCAUCGAAGGAUAAAAGAGGAUGCUUUCUUAUCUCAUUUGAAAAAAUAGUACUUUAAAAUUGAAAUGGACUUUUUUGCUUGUCCUUAGGCCCAUUAGCUUCCAGGAGAAGAGUUUGCAUAGUACCUUUUGUGUUGCCUUCUGUUUCACCAAUGUUCAAAAAUUCACUAAAAUAGAUAAAGAAGUAUGUGAGGAAAAAUAUCAAAAUUAAUCACCAAAGUCCAGAAGAAAAGGCAAACUCUUGAAAAAUAAAAAGGUAUUUUUGUCCUUCAGUAUUUAUUGAAGAGAGGAAAUGAAUGAUAAGGGACAAUACAAUCAGUGCUCAUGUGGUAACAUUCUUGUCACUUAUACAGUUUGGUUCUUGUAUGUAUAUUGCAUACACAAAGAAAUCAAAGUAUAAGUUGUCAUCGUUGAACCAUCAUCUUACAGUCAUGUAAUGAAAUCAUGGAAUAGAACAAAAACUAGCCUUCACUUUGUAAUUAUAAUAUGGUAUUUAAAAUCAGGUCACUACAGGAUUCUAAAUAUUGCCAAUUGAAAAGCCAGAAUUGUUAUUACUGUCGCAAAGAGUUGGCAAUAAUCGACUCCUAUAGCUUUUUAGGUACCUGGAUUCCACCACUACCUUAUAAACCCAAAUAAUAAAAUGGAUUUUCUAAUUC